AUGCCCCAACUCGCCUCUACCUACCGCACUGCCCCCGAAGACGUCCCCACCCCCCAGUGGUUUCUCGACCACGACUUCCACCUCUCCUUCCUCCACCUGCCCGGCAACGAAAACACUGGAUACAGUCAGACCUCCCAACGCCAAUACGUUGGGUGGCUCCUCCUCCAACCCAACCCGGAGUUGCGCAACAUCCUGGAAUGGCGAUUCCGGGACGUCCCACCCGCCUUUCAUGCCUGGGCCAUCUACGGCGAGUCGGUCGUCACCCUCACCCAUCUCCAGACCCUUGACUGGGACGUCGGCGAGCUCACUGACCCAUCUGGCCAACGACGGGCCUACGACACUGUCUCCCAGUUGCGGGCCACGACAAUCGCCAUGUCCGACCACGCCUUAAAUAUUGUUUGCGCCCCCCAUCAUCUUUUCCUCAUCGCUGACCUCGUCAAUCACAUAGAGCAGGUUGACCGCGAACGCGAGCGGACCUGGCUGGAGCGCGUCAUCGCCAACAACGACAGCCACGCCGCCUCACCUAUUCCCCCCACGCCGCCUCUGCCCGCCCCGGAAUGGGGAAACCCGGCCGACGUCUCCGGAUGGGGCGACACCAACGUCGACUGGAGCAACACUAACUGGGGGAACGUCCCCAUGAACGAGGCCGACAUGGAGUGGUCCCCCCCCUAUACAACCUCCACGCCGCUCCCCUCCAUCCCGCGACUCCCCCUCCCCAACACCGCAGCACCUCCGCCCGAUGCCUGCUCGCCUACGCUCCGGCGCGCCCCCUCCGACCGCCCCACCCCCCGCUCCCCAAGCCCCGUCGAUGAAGAAGAACCCCCAUUCGUCAUGGUCAUCGACCCCACGUCGCCCCUGGAGUGGCCGGCCUCGGCUGUCCGAACGGUCCUAGGCACCAUCAGUGGAGGCGACCUCACCGACACCACCGACCCUGACGCCCUGUCCGCGCCCCCUGCCCCUCCAACUCCCCUGCUCCGCCAACGUACCCCUCGCACCCCCCCAUACCCCGCUCCUGCCCCGGGCCCCACCACCAUCCACUAUCGGAUGCCCCUCCUCGGCUACCCAGCAUACGGAGGGGCCCUCCUCUACGACGAGCGACUCCUGGACGGCUGGCAAAUCGGGCCGGAAGAACCCCGUCACGUCGGCGGACACCCUUGGGAGUGGCGUAUCUCAGACCACCUCAACGGGACUGCUCUCCUCGAGGUCCAACUCCGGAGCUACGCCUGGGAUGAGCGGUGGGAGCACAUGCCUGGUGUCGACAACGCCUACCUCAUCGGUUACCUGGGAUUCCUUCGGGCAAUGAUCCAGGCACGCGACCCCACCACCCGCGUCACCGACCACGAUGUAUGGAGAGAAGCGGCCGACAACCUCGUUGACGCGUACGACGUCCGCAACAUCCCCGUCUCGGUCCGCCAGUACCAGAACGGACAUGCUGUACGCCUCUGCGACAACAUGUCGGGGAACGACCUCCAUCACAGCGUGUGGGGGAACUUCUACGACGACGAGAUCCUUGAUGUCUCCAAUUACGGUGACUCCCCUCCACCCACCCCUGCCACACCCGCCGCACCCGUUGAGGAGGUCCUCCGUUCGCGCAGCCCCUCCCCCGUAUCCCCGCCCGCUGUCGUCCACGACCUCCCCACUGACGCCAUCCCCACCCCUUUCCGUGCCAUGCGCCCUGCCCCCGCUUACCCAUCGCCCCCCGCUGCCUCCCCAACCAUCGCACCGUCGCCGUCCUGCUCCAUCACCUUCCUCUCUGGGGGCUACUUCAACCCCAUUGAUCCUGGCUUGAACAUCGGCCUCUGGUACCCACCAGCGCCCUCGUCACCGCUCACGGAGCCAGACUUGGAGUUGAAUGAUCGGGACAAUCGUGCUUAG